GGUGACGUCACCCUCAGAGUCGGCGCCUCCCCCUGUCUGGCGGGUGACGUCACCAAGAGCAGACCGGAGAGAGGAGUUGGGGACAGCAGCGAGAGGUUUGGGAGAAAAACGGAAACCCAUUGGAACACCAAUACCGACGGUGACGGCCGACGCCAGGAUAGCGGCCACGGGCUCUUCUCCCAAGAAAGGAAUCCGCUCCCCACUGCCCAUCCACGGUGGCGCAUCGUUGGCGGGGCUGCACGCCGAGCCCCACAUUUUCCAGGAGCUGACGCUUGUUCUGUAGAAUUGGCCUGAUGGAGCAAAGGCACUCAGUGCAGCUCGGUACAAGAAGGAAACAAUGCGUCCAGAAUGCAAACAACACGGAUCGUACUGGAAACUUGACACUGCACCAGAGAACACACACAGGAGAGAAACCUUUCAAGUGCACUGUGUGUGGGACGGCGUUUGCACAGUCAUCAACUCUUCAGACCCACCAGAGAACACACACAGGAUAUAAACCCUUCAUUUGCAGUGUGUGUGGGAAGGCAUUUUCAGAUUCAUCUACUCUUAAAAAUCACCAGAGAAUACACACAGGAGAGAAACCUUUUAAGUGCACUCUGUGUGGGAAGGCGUUUGCACAGUCAUCAAAUCUUCAGACCCACCAGAGAACACACACAGGAGAGAAACCUUUCAAGUGCACUGUGUGUGGAAAGGCAUUUGCACAGUCACCACAUCUUCAAAGACACCAGAGAACACACACGGGAGAGAAACCCUUCAAGUGCAGUUUGUGUGGUAAGGCAUUUCCAGGUUCAUCUACUCUUAAACAUCACCAUAGAACACACACAGGAGAGAAACCCUUCAAGUGUAGUGUGUGUGGGAAGGCAUUUUCAGGUUCAUCUACUCUUACACAACACCAGAGAACACACACAGGAGAGAAACCCUUCAAGUGCAUUCAGUGCGGGAAGGUGUUUGCACAGUCAUCAAUUCUUCACACCCACCAGAGAACACACACAGGAAAGAAACCCUUCAAGUGCACUCUGUGUAGGAGGGUGUUUUUAGAUUCAUCUACUCUUAAAACACACCAGAGAAUACACACAGGAGAGAAACCCUUCAAGUGCAGUGUUUGUGGAAAAGCGUUUGCACAGUCAUCAAAUCUUAAAAAACACCAGAGAACACACACUUAUCAGAAAAUCCACAAGAAGUGUAAUCUGAAAUCAGCUUGUGAAAGCCAAAGUGCUGCAAUGACCCCAUUGUUCAUGAAACAAGAACCAGAAGAAAAUUCCAGCUUGGACACUUUGAAAGGUAUCAAGGUGAAAUAUGAAGAGGCGAAGGUGAAAUGUGAAGAAGUAACAGUGAAGAGCGUGGACGUGAAGGUAAAAUUUGAGGACGAGUCAACUACAAAAUCGGACCUUAACAUAGAUGGGUGCAACGUGAAGCAGGAAGAGAAUUCUGACUGUGAGGCAGAGCGAGGCUACUCCCAGCAGUUUGUGGAAGUGGAGGUGUGGGUCGACUUCUUAGACAAUACGAAAUCAAAUGGAGACCAGGUAGAUGUGCAAGCUUGAUACAAUUAAGCUCCUAUGGAUGCACCUUUGUCACAGGCCUUUCUAAUUAAAGAAUGUGAAGUUGAACACUCAAUUUCUAGGUUCAAACUGCAGUGUUUUCCUACUUUAAGUUUUACCACACAUAUUUGGCAAAUCUAGAAUUAAUCCCAGCAACGUAGCAAAAGUGAUGUUUCAUCUACAUAACAAAGGCUCAGUCCCAUUCACAGCAGGACGCACCUUUAUAUCAGCUGCACCUUAACUCUUAGAACCUCCCAGUUCAACCAGUCUACACAACAAAGAUUCAUUCCUGGCAGCGGUUUCAGCCUCACCACCUCUACAUAACAAAAGGCUCAGUCCCAUUUACACGCACCUUUACAUUAGCCUCACCUUAACAACUCUUUUCAACUAGUCUACUCAUUCCUAACAGCGUGCUUCAGCCUCACAAUAAUAAUAUCCAGGGCCUACCUUGGCUCUUCCCAUCCUCAACCAGUAUAUAUACAAGGACUGUUUUCUUGGAAUUUCUCUUACUUGAUACAGCUAUCGUGCUGUGACGGUUCCACCUGAAGACAGGCUUGUGUUGCCUCCGAAACGUGAUUUUUAUUUUAUUUUUAUUUUACUUUUAUUAAUUUUUUACCUACGUGACUUUACCGAAAAACCUAAGAAUAUGAAUCCUUGCAGUCACAAAAGCUUCAAAUCUAGAAUUAAAAGUGUAAGAGUGGCCAGUAUUUGUGGGCCUGUGGGUUGGGUCGAUCUCUAACCAGGAGCGACGCAAGUGUUUUGUAUCAUAUCAUCUUAAACACUCGAAGGGUGCCCAUAAUGGGCAUCUGCCCCUGUGUGCCACGAGGUGAGCGUUCACUGGCCUGCAUGUGGAUAUGAGUUUGUAAGUCGGGGGCGAUGAUUGAUAUGCCAGUCGAAUUUGAACCUUGAACCUCUGCAACAAAUAGAGAAUGUACUCCUACUUAGCUUCCAUUUGAAGUACCGGUGAAGACACUUGACGCCGAGGUGGAGGCACACGGAUAUUUAUUCAACACAGCUCGUAUGUGACAUACAGCACUGGAGGGGGUAUCGGCCCCCUCACCCGACUAGCUAAGGAUACACUUCCUAGCUAAGUCCUAGCCUGCCUCACAGUCCUCCACUACUGGGCUAGGGGAGGCUACUUGGCCCGACACUGGUAAGUCGGGCCGGUACCCGGAGUCCCAGACCAGCUCUUAGAAGAGCACCGGCUCUGGCUUUCGGGACCACGCCGCUGGCUCAGUCCUGUUCGGCCCUGAUAAGGACAUCGAACGAGGGGAGUCCAGGGCUCUAUCUAAGACGUCUUCAGCCUUCUUGGUUAACUAUAACAUAACUGAACUCGAGCCCAUAUAACGUCCCCUUUUAUACCCAACCCUCCUUGAGGGGUGGGGCCCCGGGGGAUCAUAACGCCAAACCAGCCCCCCCCAGGGUGUCUGGCUCGGACGUCGCAGAGGGCAUCUCCCUGUGCACACACGUAGCCCCGCCCACUGUGUUUGUUUCCCAUAGACUGCCAUACAUAACGGCCCUCUCUCUAACACCCCUACAUCACCCCCCCCCCGCAUAGCUUGCAGCCGUCCCGGCUGCCAACAUACAGAAUGACAAUAAAAAUGAAUUUUUACCGUAACCGCGCGUGUGCCUCACUAAUUUUCAACAAUAACAAGAACGGCAACAAGAACACCAAAAAAAUGCACAGCAAGAAGAGAAAACAACCCGACGCACCCCCCCUUGAAUAAAUACGAAUUCCGUAAGAAACAAGCUAUAUACAAUUUGCAGGGAAGCCACCAUACACACAACAGCAGGUGAGCACAACGUAUGUAAAUUCAAUGGGCAGGGAACACACCCCCCCACACAACACACAAUGAACACAACAUAUAUACACAUCUUGCGGUCUCACAACAGUCUGCGCAUUUUUGCGCGUGUCCUUGCGGCGGGCCCCUCACACGGGGAAACCCCGGGUGGCGGACCGUCAGGUGGUAAUCGUCCGUCCCGGAGUGAGACCUCCUCUGAUGCCGCGUGACCGUUGGUAUCCCCAGAAGGGGUGGUCGGGCGUGAGCCCGUCAGUCUCGAUGCACCUGGAGGUGGCACGGCCGGCAAGGCAUUAGGUGAGCGCGGCGGAGACGGACCUAGUGAGUCGGUCGACCCCCCACACGUCUGGCCACGCAUGUGUGAAGUGGGUUUGUGUACCGCGACGAAGGGUUUCAACCGAGAGGGGUGCACGAACCAUCGCCGCUUCCCCCAUCGAAUGCGCACGCACUGUGGUCGCAAGACCUCGACCACUUCCACAGGGCCCCGCCACGGCCUCGCCAGCUUAGGGGAGGUAGCCAGGGGCACUUGGGGACAGUGCAACCAUGCCCUGUCCCCCGGCUUCCACUGUAUCACAUGCGCCCGACCCAGCCUGAGGCGCUCGUUCGCCUUUUGACGGAGGUCCGAGUUCAACCUCGCAGCAUCCCGCGCCUCUGUUAAUUUAGCCAGAUUAAAUUUGACGUGGUCAGCCAAUUUAGUUUUUCCUUGCGGGUCAGGGAUCUGCAGCUGGGCGCGAACAGGCGGGUCGGGUUCGCGACCGUACAUAAGGUAAAAGGGGGAAAAUCCCGUAGCUGCAUGGGGUGCCAUCCGGUAUGCCGCCAAGACCCCCUGAAUAUGCAGGUCCCAAUCAGUCUGUGAAUCUGAGACCUGCUGUGCCAUCAUUGACGAAAUGGUGCGAUGCAGGCGCUCGACCAUUCCGUCAGUCUGCGGGUGAUACGGGGAGGUCCGAAUUUUCUUUGUGCCUAAGAGGUCACAGACUUGUUUAAGUAAUUUGCUGGAAAAAUUUUUGCCCUGGUCGGUCAGCAGCCGUUCCGGAGCACCUUUGUCCAGGACGUAUCCCUGAACAAAGGCGUCCACGAUGGCUGCUGCCGACUGGUUGGCAAGGGGCCAGGCCAUGGGCCAGCGCGUAAAAUACUCGACCCCUGUCAACAAAUACCUAUUGCCCCUGGGGGUGGCGGGAAAUGGGCCCAAGAUGUCCAGCGCGACAAGCUCAUUUAUUCUGGACACCUUGAUUGAUUGUAAAGGCGGGUUAGACUCCCGUGCCGGCGGUUUCCGUUGCGCACACCGCGGGCAUGAACUCAAUAGAUCCCCAACAUCCCUUGUCAUACCAGGCCAGAAAAAAUCCAGUUGUAUCAUUGCAAGGGUCUUUAGGGUCCCCAGGUGUAACAGGCGCUCAUGCGCGGCCCACACCACCUUGCCUCGCAACUCAGAAGGGACGACCAGCCGAUGUCGCUGUGAUUUGCCGUCCCAAUGCAUGAGCAGACCCUGCACCAUUUCCCAUGCACCUGAAUCACCUUUCACCCGCCCAGCACCCCCGACGCGACGACGCCACCCUAGGAGGGAGGUAUCCUCCAUUUGGAGGCGCCCCCACUCAGUGACGGGCAACCCCAACAGGGAAUCUCUUCCCUGUUGUUCGAUCGAAUUAUCAGGCAGUGGUUUGUCGUCGUCGGUGGCUGCCAGGAUCGGAACCGAUGCGUCCCCUGAAGGUCUGCAACGUCCCGACCCCAGGAGGCAUGCACAUUCCGAGGUGGUUGGCAUGCGUGACAGAGCGUCCGCGUUGGUAUGGCGAACGCCCUUACGGUAGGUGGUCUCAAAAUCAAAGUCCUGGAGAACCUCCAACCAUCGAGACAACUGUCCCGAUGGUUGUUGAACUCGCAGGGCAUACUGUAGUGCCGCAUGAUCUGUGCGGACGGUGAAAUGCCGACCGUACAGAUAUGGGCGAUACUGUUGGAUGAAAAAAACAAUUGCCAACAGUUCUCUACGGGUGACACAAUAUCUUUGCUCCGCAGGAGACAACACCCGACUACCGUACGCGACCACCCGUUCAACGCCAUCAACCACCUGGGAAAGCACACCCCCAAUACCCGUGUUGCUCGCAUCGGUGUCGAGCAAAAAGGGCUUCGAAAAAUCAGGGUAAAUCAAGGGAGGGGCUUUUACCAGGGCGUCCCGAAGGGAGCGGAACGCAGCCUCCUCCUCUUGACCCCAGUGGAACCGAACCCCUUUAGAUGAUAAAGCGUGCAGGGG